AUGAAUUCACAACAGGAACAACAAAUACAUGAAGAGGAGAAGAGACAAGCAACAACAAAUGAUCAUAACACGUCGUCCGAAAAAAGUCGUGAAAAUUCCAAUGAGUCAGAAAAGAAUGUAAACUCUUCGAAGAGUAAAUUACCUUCAUCGUCUUCAUCAUCACCAGCAUCAGUCGCAAAUUACACACACUUUGAACAAUUAUCUCCCAUUCAAAGAAUUCAAGUGUUUAUUUGGGAGAUUUUUAAUAUUGUAAAGAAUUUAAAUUUGUUAAAGCAGUGGAUCCAUUAUUCAUUGGGCAUUCCAAAUAAUAUCAAUGGACAAAAUAGAUUGGAAACUCCAAGGCAAAAGGGUGCACCAGCUUUGGAACAUCAUUUACUAGAUAGUUACAAAAAGUUGGAUCAUAAUUCCAAAUAG